AUACGUACUGCAGAAGUAUGUCACACUGCAGUGUAACGGCACACUACUCCACCGGUAUUCCACUGGAAUAUAUGCUUGCCAGCGCUACGACCAACUCAUAUCCCUGUCUCUGCUAUUUUACAUCUGUAGAAACUUCUACAUAUCGAGAGUUGUGCAGUUCUGCGUCGGAGAGACGUCAAGAGAGCACCAAAGCCAGGUUUUAUAUGCUUUGGAAGUGAAUCUUAUUUGCGAAUUAUUUCCUCCUUGGUUUCGUAUUACAGAGGGAGUGAGUGGAUUUGCGCGAGUAUCGCUAUGUAAACCAACUGCAUCAUGACAUGUUUUACCGAUGUUUCGCAAAGAAAUCUAAAGGAAAACCGCGAACGAAUAGCCUCCAGCUGACAUUUGUUAGUAUGUGGAAUAAUUUGUAACUAACUGAAUCGUCCGAAAACAAAGCCGAGAUAGCGGAAAGGAUACGGUAUCUGUCGUUAGUUUACGCGGAGGGAACUGACCGGGAGAGUAAAGGCUUUUGCAUGAUUAUCACCACAGCUGCUGAACAGAGGAGCAUAAGUGAACGAAUACUACGGCUGCUAGAGGCUGUUCCCACACUGUCUAUCUCCACUGUCACUCAACAUCAACCAGCGAAUCAACGGCCUCGCUGAGACUCUAUCGGAGCCAUGGGUGAGGCUAAGGUCCUGAUGUUGCUUCUUCUGAUUGGUUGGGAGAAGUCGUUGAGUCUCAACUGGAACCCAAUACCACGCAAGACCGUCAGAUAUCAUGAGGUACUGGACAGCAUGGCCAGGUUCCGGGCUCUAGGUGUGUGGAACUACACCAUGGUGACUCUAGCAGAACACGAGAGGGUUCUGUAUGUAGGAGCUAGAGAGGCCCUGUUCGCCCUGGACCCUAACGACAUCAGCAGACAGCUACGACCUCUGAUUGAGUGGCCAGCACCACAGGAGAAGAAGAGAGAGUGUUCUGCCAAGGGCAAGAACAACCAGACAGAGUGCUUCAACUACAUCCGCUUCCUGCAGAGCUACAACCACACCCACCUCUACACCUGUGGAACCUUCGCCUUCCAGCCCAAGUGCACCUACAUCAAUGCUGACCACUUCAGUCUCAACCCUGGCUCCCUGGAGGAUGGGAAGGGCAAGUGUCCCUACGACCCUGCCAAAGGCCACACAGGCCUCAUAGUGGACAAGGAGCUGUACUCUGCCACACUGAAUAACUUCCUGGGUACUGAGCCUGUGAUCCUGAGGAACCUGGGACAGCAACACUACAGCAUGAAGAGUGAAUACCUGCCGGCCUGGCUCAACGAGCCUGACUUUGUGGGCUCAGCCCUGGUGAGGGAGAGCAGUGGCAGUAAGGAAGGUGACGAUGACAAGAUCUACUUCUUCUUCAGUGAGAGAGCUGUAGAGCUGGACUGUGACACAGAGCUCACUGUGGCCAGGGUGGCCCGUGUCUGCAAGGGUGAUCUGGGGGGCACCAGGACCCUGCAGAAGAAGUGGACCACCUUCCAGAAGGCCAGGCUGGUGUGUUCUCUCCCUGAACGCCACGUCACCUUCAACAACCUGCGGGAAGUCUUCACCCUGCCAGGCAUCGACUGGCGCACCACCACCUUCUAUGGCAUCUUCCACGCCCAGUGGGGCGAUGUGGAUGUGUCAGCGGUGUGUCAGUACCAGAUAGGGGAGGUGAAGAAGGUGUUUGACGGCCCGUAUAAGGAGUACAGAGAGGGCUCCCAGAGAUGGGGACGAUACACUGGCACUGUCCCCAGCCCACGGCCCGGAGCGUGCAUUACAAGCUGGCAUAGGGAGAACGGCUACAACAGCUCUCUUCAGUUGCCAGACGCCACUCUCAACUUUGCCAAGAAGCACCCUCUGAUGGAGGAGAAGGCUCAGGCUCGCCCCCUACUGCUCACCAAGGGCAUCAACUUCACCCGCUUGGCAGUGGACCGGGUCAGCUCCCUGGACCAGCGUGCAUACAACAUGCUGUUCAUUGGCACAGCAGACGGCUGGUUACAGAGGGUAGUGAUCUUUGGCUCGGAGGCCCAUGUGAUUGAAGAGAUACAGCUGUUUGAUUCUCCACAGCCAGUGGACAGCCUGACCAUCUCUCACACCAAGAAGUACUUGUACAUUGGCUCACGUUCAGAAGUGCUCCAGCUGCCCUUGGCUAACUGCAGCCGUUAUCAGUCGCAGCCAGACUGCCUUCUGUCCCGGGACCCCUACUGCGCCUGGGACAGCGAGGGCCGCGCCUGUGUCCGCAUCGACCUCCACCGCGGGUCUACCUCCUCCCUAUCCCAAGAUCUGAUGCUGGAGAGAUUCAGUAGGGGCAAAGCCAAAUUUGACAAGCCUGUGGCCAUCCCCAGCCCUGACAACUCUCGGCUGAGGAAUGUGACAGUAGUAGUAGAAUCAGACAUGGUUUUGCCCUGCCAGCUGGUGUCCAACCUGGCCCAGCCCUCCUGGGUCCUCAACGACCGCGAGCUGCAGCUAGGAGACGAGGAGGCCGGAGGGCCACGCUUCGACCAGGCCCUGAAGGCUCUGGUGGUCCCCAACGCCAUGCCAGUGCACGCGGGACGCUACGUGUGCUACUCCGAGGAGCAGGGUGUCAAGUUUCAGAUGGAGCGUUACCAGGUGUCGGUGGUGGCCAGCUCCCCUGUGGUCAUGGCGGCCCGGGCCCCUGACGGCAGCAUGGGUCUGUUCUGGGUGUUGGUGAUCACCCUGGGGGCCGCCUGUUUAUUAUUAUUGGUGGCAGCUCUGUAUCUGAGGAGACGUCUGAAGCUGGCCCUAGGUAAAGGGGCGGACAUGAAGCCUCUGGAGAGCACCCUGGUCUACCCCAUAACCCUGCCCAAGGAGCCACCCACCUUCGUGCCCAGCAAAAUGCCCAGCGACGAGGACCGCUUCUGGGAGACGGGCGCCAACUACUACUACUCAGACGGUUCGCUGAAGAUCGUUCCGGGCCACGCCCUGUGCCCCAGCAGCCAGUCUCACCACCACGCUCCAACAGCGUCUCCCAGCACCAUCCCCGGCCAGCCCAUCCAUUCCCCCAGCCGGCUCAGCCUUACCAACAUCAGGGGUUCCGGCAGCAACGGCUACAUCCGCCUCAACCUGAGCUCGGCCGGGGAGGAGAGGGUUAGCGGGGGUGGUUCUGGUGGAGGAGGGCUGGGCGGGGGCGGGAACGACUACUCCAGCCCCUUCAAGGAGGAGCUGCGUCGGACCCUGCAGCAGAGGAGCGUGCUGCCUGACGCCAACCCUGAAGAGUCGUCUGUGUAGUCUUUCUCCACGCCUGCCGUAAUGAAAAAACAAAACAAGAGACAACGAACGGCAACUAACCUACCUCCCUCCUCUCUCUCUCUUUCUCGGCUCCACUGUCACCAUGCUCUUUCUCUCUCUCUCUUUCUGCCAAUGCUUGUUUGGCUGACUCUGUGACUGGCAGAAGACGCUUUUAGCACAGAGCAUGUGAUGUGACACACACGCCGAAUAUUCAUCAGCAUCCACUCCUGUUAUUAUUGUGUUCCAUCCACUCCUGUUAUUAUUGUGUUCCAUCCGCUCCUGUUAUUAUUGUGUUUCAUCCGCUCCUGUUAUCAUUGUGUUCCAUCCGCUCCUGUUAUUAUUGUGUUCCAUCCACUCCUGUUAUUAUUGUGUUCCAUCCGCUCCUGUUAUUAUUGUGUUCCAUCCGCUCCUGUUAUUAUUGUGUUCCAUCCGCUCCUGUUAUUAUUGUGUUCCAUCCACUCCUGUUAUUAUUGUGUUCCAUCCGCUCCUAUUAUUAUUGUGUUGCAUCUGCUCCUGUUAUUAUUGUGUUCCAUCCACUCCUGCUAUUAUUGUGUUCCAUCCGCUCCUAUUAUUAUUGUGUUGCAUCUGCUCCUGUUAUUAUUGUGUUCCAUCCGCUCCUAUUAUUAUUGUGUUCCAACCGCUCCUGUUAUUAUUGUAUUCCAUCUACUCCUGUUAUUAUUGUGUUUCGUCCGCUCCUGUAAUCAUUGUGUUCCAUCCGCUCCUGUUAUUAUUGUGUUUCAUCCGCUCCUGUUAUUAUUGUGUUUCAUCCGCUCCUGUUAUUAUUGUGUUUCAUCCGCUCCUGUUAUUAUUGUGUUGCAUCUGCUCCUGUUAUUAUUGUGUUUCAUCCGCUCCUGUUAUUAUUGUGUUGCAUCUGCUCCUGUUAUUAUUGUGUUCCAUCCGCUCCUGUUAUCAUUGUGUUCCAUCCGCUCCUGUUAUUAUUGUGUUUCAUCCGCUCCUGUUAUUAUUGUGUUCCAUCCGCUCCUGUUAUUAUUGUGUUCCAUCCGUUCCUGUUAUUAUUGUGUUCCAUCCGCUCCUGUUAUUAUUGUGUUCCAUCCGCUCCUGUUAUUAUUGUGUUCCAUCCGUUCCUGUUAUUAUUGUGUUCCAUACGCCAAACUGGCUGUCACAUUUUAACUUCUUCAGCAGUUUAACUUGCUUUCGCUGUGCAAAUCUCAAGCUGUGUAAAUUCUGUAUUUAAAGACAAUUGAAUGCAGAGGGCCUACACCUCAAGUAUGGCAGUCAAACAAAUGGAAAGGUUUCCUGAGAGCACUGCUUCAUGAUAAGAGAGGACCAAGAACUCAUGACAGGAUUGUAGCUUCAGCGCUAUACCAAUCAUCCAAUAUUCAAGCAGUACGAGUCGACUGACUGAAAGAUGGAGAAGCUGGCUUGCCUUUUUUCUGUUCUGUUGGAGAAUUUUUCGCUUUCUACACUUAACAUGGAAGUAUGGGAGUCGAUUUUGUAUUUGUGAGCAAAGAGAGUGAGAGAGUCACAUAAAAGACUAAUUAAUCUCAAAAGCACGACGACAAUCACGUUCCUCUCUCCGGGGGUAAAACCUGGGAAGGAAAGGGAGGGAUGAAGAGAGAGAAAAUGAAGGGAGCUUUGCGUGAAAGACACAGAGGGUUUACAUGAAGGACAAACUCUCAAUUAGACUUUCUCAGCUCGAUUUGUACUUUUUUUUUACCUUGUCAGUCUUUCCUCUGAGAAAGUCUUCAAUCCCUGCCACAUUGAUAUAUUGUGACAAUUUAAAUUAAGACAUUUUUAUGUGUUGUUUUUCUAUGUCUUACGGACUACAGAAGCAACAAUUGGAGACCAAUGGCUUUAAAGCACCCCUCUGUGAAUGAGAAUGUGAGAGAAGCAUGUACAAACCUCUCCUAUCCCUGCUCAAGGUAGAUAUCUCCCCAAAUAACCUACACACUAGUAAAUAGAUUUUAGUACUACUUUUACAAUAACUGCACUACACAUUUACACAAGUGGUUCAUGGGAAUUUCAGUUAAACCCAUUUAGAUACACUUCCUUGUGAUGUGAUUAUGGACAUUUUUGUUUGACAUAAUCCCACAACAGAACCUACAACAGCACAUUCACUUAUUAUUCUGAAUUUGAGAUGAGACGAAGGCAUUGCUUUCAGUCAUGUAGUGGGGAUGACACGGGGGAAUGUAGGUCAACUCUCACUAAACUGUUGCGACUGCAGUGGAUGUCUCAACAAGUGCUUUAUAAUAUGUAUGUGUAAGGGCGGGGGUGGUGGAUGGGUUAAACCGCCAAAAGAAGCCCUCCCUCCACUGCACUGCCCUGAAUGCCUAACCUGGUGGAUGUAGUAGUGUGUCCUGGAGGGGACGGGCCACAGCACUGUACCUGUCCUAGACACACCCUUUAUUGACCCCUUAUUUCCCUAAACCCCACCCACCUACCGACCUACCAAUGUCCAGAGAAUGACCUGGCGCUACUGUGGAAAGCCUGAAUUCAGAGAGAAGGAUGGACACUGAACUGUAAACCCACACUGCCUGUGCUGUUAGAGGGACAAGCAGACAACAGAUGGAAGAUAGAUGAAUGGCCUGUGACAAACCAACGGCUCCAGAGAGCGAUCACAGGCUCAUCAAUCAGAGGGGUGGCUUUGUGACACAUCUGCAGGGACCAGAGAAGGAACAAGAGGAGUACAAUGUUUCUUUCUUUCUCACCAAAAUGUAUACUAGAGACAGCUGAAGGGGAUGUAGAAUAUUGUAAUGAUCCCUGGGUUGAAGAGGUACUUACUUGGCCAUCAGUGGUUAGUUCAUCCUAGUGUUGCAUGAUCCCCUCUGCAAAUGUACUGUACACAUCUCUGAUGACAUGACCAUAAUUGUAAAAGAAGUGUAUCAUGUUUCACACUUUUGCAGACACUAAUGUUUUCUACUAAAAAAAAGUUGAAUUUAUGAUUAAGAGUUGUUAAGGACUUGUUCAUGAAUUUAUGAUUAAGAGUUGUUAAGGACUUGUUCAUGAAUUUAUGAUUAAGAGUUGUUAAGGACUUGUUCAUGAAUUUAUGAUUAACAAGUUGUUAAGGACUUGUUCAUGAAUUUAUGAUUAACAAGUUGUUAAGGACUUGUUCAUGAAUUUAUGAUUAAGAGUUGUUAAGGACUUGUUCAUGAAUUUAUGAUUAACAAGUUGUUAAGGACUUGUUCAUGAAUUUAUGAUUAACAAGUUGUUAAGGACUUGUUCAUGAAUUUGUCCAUCUUCUUAACAUGUUUACUUUCGCUGUGCCUCUUCACCUUCAGAUAAGCCAAAGUAGACUGCAGUUGUUUUUUUGAAAAGGUGUAUUAUUAGAUAUUAUUUUAUUAUUCCACUUCGAUAUUUAAGUUUCAACAGUCUGUCCAACUUCAGUUCAAAGAACUCUCAUGCCUGGAACUUUCCUGCAUAUUUUAUUUAGAGAUUAAUUUUCUUCAGAAGGCAACAAGCUUGUGGAUGGUCAACAUCCUGUUUAGAUGUCAGUAGUAAUCUACUGAAGCCGAUCCCUGACUUCCUGGCACAUGAGAAAGUAAACAAAUCAUCAGAGCGUCAUAGGACCAACCAAGCAAAGCAACUUUCUUUUAACCAAAUGAUAACUCGUGAUUUCAUGAUCUGAGGUUUGAUACAAAAUCUUAAAUAUUUAUACAUCCAUUUAAUAUGUGUAGAUUGAAUAUGUUACCAAGCACUGGUUCAGACACUUUACAAUCUAUUAACAUUGCUGUGAAUUCAAGCUACAGGAGCUAUUAAGAUUGGUAUAGAUAUUUAGCUGAUUUGUCUUAUAAUUAUGUAUUUAAAAAAAUCCUUGGACAUUAUGUCUGAUAUGUCAUAAAACUCUCUUAGAAGAAAAUGAUCCAUCAAACUCACAAAAGUAAUGUAAGGCACAAUCCCCCCCCCCCAAAUCUGCAUGUGCAAUUCUGGAUCUAUAUAGCAAAAAGGCAGUAACUGCUCAUAGCGUGGAUCUGAGAAAAAAGGCUUUUAUUUACCUUGGUUUAACAGUAACUUUAUGCAGUUACUACUAACAUGACCCCCAUUUUCUCCAAAACACAAUACAAUAGAGGCAGGAUACUUGUCCACAUGAUUAAGCAUGUAUUUAAUGUAGCAGAAAUGACAUUAACUCAUUUUGGACCAAAUGAGCAGUUACUGUCUUUUUGGAGAUUACACUCUGCCGGUCAUAAACAACACUUUCCACAAUCUUCUCAUCUAAGCCUUUUUAUUCUGUUGCUUUUCAUUAAUAUUAUUAUAUUACCAUUAUGAUUAUUCAUUUCCUUUUUGGCUUUAAGUUGCAAAAGUUCCUCUGGCAAACAACAAACAGUUCUCAAUGUUUUAAUGUUUAUGAAAGGAUGUUAAGUAAAUUAUUUCGCUUGUAAAAACAUGUCGAUAUUUAUUAUCAUUGUACAUAUGUCCUUAUUUUUUUAUAUGUGUAUAUAUACAUGAAUAAAAGUAGAAAUCUA